AUGCCGCUGGCUGAUGGGGCACAAAAUUCUACUGUUUCCGGAAUUCCAACCUAUACAUUCCUCACGGGAACUGCAGUAGAGCUUCCAUGUGACUUGAAUGUCAGCUCAAGCGAAGACGAAGUUUCUCUCGUCUUAUGGCACAGAGACGAAUCCGGAAGCCCCCUGUACAGUGUGGAUGCACGUGACGCUGCCUUGCCAACUGCCACCCACUUCCCAGCAAUCCACAUGGGGUCUAGAGCUUAUUUCAAUUCCUCCGCCACCCCAGCUUACCUAAGGAUUAAUGACAUUCAGAAAGACGAGGAGGGUGUUUACAGGUGUCGUGUCGAAUAUAGGAGAGCUAGGACGGAAACAUUCGACAUGAUGCUCGCUGUUGUAGUUCCUCCAAGAGAAGCAAUUAUAAUGGAUGAGUUUGGGCAGCGCUUGCAUGGAAUAAUAGGACCGUAUAAUGAAGGACACCCAGUUUCGCUCAUUUGCGAAGGAGAAGGCGGUGAUCCUUCUCCUUCAGUGAAAUGGUUUAAGAAAGCGGAACUCCUAGAUGGUACCUAUUAUGUCACACCUCAAGGUUUUGCAAGAAAUGAAAUCAACUUACCCAAUCUUCAACGAACGGAUCUAUUGACGACUUUAACGUGUGAAGUGUCUAAUUCCAAUCUUACAGCACCAGUUUCAAGUUCUGUAAGCCUGGAUAUGAAUCUACGACCAACUGAUGUGAGAAUUACAAGCCCAUACCAACCUCUCUCUGCUGGCAAAGAUGCAGACAUAGUGUGUGUUGCCAGAGGAGCCAGACCACCUGCUCAAAUAUCGUGGUGGCUUGAUGGAGAAAAACUAACAACGGGCAUCACAGAAAGUACUGCCGAGGAGGACAAUUUGACAAUCAGCAGUUUGAGCAUAAGGCCAGAAAUACACGACAACUUGAGAAACCUCUCCUGUAGAGGUGAUAAUCCACAACUGACAGAUAGUGUUCUUGAAGACACGUGGCUCAUAAAUGUCCAUUAUCUUCCGAAGCUUUCUGUCAAAAUCAACACCAUAAUUCCAGUAAAAGAAGGCACUGAUAUCAGUAUUACAUGUGAUGUCCAGGCUCAUCCUCCUGUAACAGAGCUUGAAUGGCUUCAAGAUGGACGUUCCUUAGGUCCGCCGGCUAAAGACAGCUUUUCAAACAGAACGUUUUUUAUCGCUUCUGUUGGUCCACAACACAAAGGAGAAUAUUCCUGUGCUGGGACGAACAGUGAAGGUCGGAGCGUAAGCGAUCCUGCAUUACUUCAAGUAAAUUAUGCUCCUAGAUGUGAAAGUGUCCGAAGUAGCGUCUACGGCGUUGGACGAACAGAAUCUGUUAGCGUUACUUGUGCUAUAGAUGCUUUUCCACCAAUCGUCAACUUUUCUUGGGUCCUAAAUAAUGCUGCUGGCAGCUCUUUCCUUCCAAUUGCUCAAUACUCAAGUAAUGGCACUAAAAGUGUCGCAACGGUUUCUCCCAGAUCUCCUCAAGACUAUGGGAUCCUACAAUGUUCUGCACAGAAUGAAAUUGGGAAACAAAGAGAUCCCUGUUCCUUUAGAAUAAUUCCUGCUGGCGUUCCUGAUGAACCACGUGAUUGCCAAGUGACGAACAAAACAUCAGACUGCAUAAUGUUGGAAUGCGAAAGCGGAGAGGACGGAGGACUUCAGCAAAUAUUCCAACUUGAAGUGAUGAGCACAGAUUCUGAUAAGUUUCUGGCAAAUUUGACUUCAAGAAACUCCCCAUCAUUCACCGUGUGUUCAUUACCAUCAAAGGAAUCACUCAUUCUCGUCGUCUACGCUGUAAAUAGUAAAGGAAGAAGUAAACAGGUUGCCUUACAUUCUAGUACAUUAGCUGGAGCUUCUAACGAAGAAGAUUUGGAAGAAGACUUUGGAGUUAGAAAUGCUCUGAUUGGAAUAAUUGGAGGGACAAUUUUUGCCAUUCUUCUUUUUGCAAUCGCAAUCUUACUUGUCUUGAAGUUUCAUAAAAAGAGAACUAUAAAAGGGAGAAAUUAUAGUCCUGAUGCUGAUAAGUGUGACGCACACCUUAUGAAAGAAUGCAAAGACCCAUGCGUCACUAAUAAUCAAGGUCCAGAUAUAAUUCCUGAAAAGAGUUUCUUUCAAGAACGAACGGACACCAUGACAAAAGUGAGUGAAUCUGAAGAAGACACAAAUCUUUCAAUAAUUAAAACAGAUAUAAAAUAUGGUGAAUACCAAAGUGUUACUUAUGGAGAAGAUCAUGAGCUCAUAUCGACGCCUAAAAAGCUGCGGCUACUACAAGAGAUUGAAGGUGACACAGAAGAAUCUGGAAUCACGGUUGAAACACCACUAAUUUCCAGUAUACCUUCUGUAGUUCAGCAAUGGACGGACCACAGAAAAGAAGGACUUAGAUUGUCUACACCAGUGUGAAAAUAAAGCAUCCUUCCAUUACAAAGAAAGAUUUUUCUACUUUGAGAGAGAUUUAGUGACUGCAAUGAGAGAAAAGCAGAUAUCAUAGAGCAUAUAUUGCCGCUUCCAUGAGAAGAGCACGGCUCGGAUUGCGCAACCCACUGCGCAGCUGAAGUGAUUUUACACUCAAGUCAAAAUGUGUCUUGUCCAUGAUAUAAAGACAGAUUCAUUGUUUCAUUUGUUCUUUUUUUUCAAAUGGACAGUUCUGAAGAUAAAUCUUAAGUCUAAGAUUUGCUAUAUUUUGUUGUAACGAGUUAAAUGUAUUUAAAUGUCAUCUGCUUUUGCAUUUCAUUUCACUGUACGAUGUGUUGAAAUGAAAGUUAGCAGUUCGGUCGUUGCAAAAUGUACGCUGUAUCAAGUAUUAUAUUGAAUGCUCAAAGUGCAUUACGUGUGAUAAAAAGAGCUGAUAGGAGAUUUUAUAUAUUUUUAAGCUUUCCGCAAGACAAAUAUUAUGUAGAUAUUAAGCAAAUAUUUAUAUUCAAAAUUAUUGACUUAAUCUUUUAAGUUUUAAUUUAUAAAAUAUACUAACACUUACAUAGCUAAAUGCUUUGACAAUUUUAUUUUCAUUCGAAAAAAAAAUGUUGUAUGAUUUUAUAUACAACAUGAUUUAUGAAGAACUUAUCAUCCAAAGAACCUUCAACUGCAGCAAAAAAAAAAAAAAAAAAAAUGCUCUUCAGAUUUCAAAGGAGUAAAAGUAUUUAGUAGUGAGGUAUGAAAACCUUUCUACUGGUACAACUUCCAUAUAAAGCUGUCUGCCAUAUGAAUAAGUCUUUUCCAACUCUGCAAUAGAAUCCGUCUUUUUAUCUCUUGCAUCGCCUGCUUUUUGUAGCACAAUUGGCGAUAUAUGCGGAAUAUUAUUUUUUUUUCUUUUACAAAAUUUUGUUUUACCGCAAAAUGUAAAUUUUCUUUGAGUUAAAAACAAACUGAAAUCUAGUUCAA